UCUCCUCCUCCUUUAUUAUCUGAUAAAAUUCCUUGCAUAUUUCUCUGUUUUGUGUUUUCUGUGAUUCUUUUCGUUUUGUGGUUGCAUCAGAGGGCGUUUAUAAAGUUUUGUGUUGAAUCCUUUGCUUUCAAUCCAGAUUUGAACUCUACCCACUUCUCAUCUCCCUGUUUUCCAGCCACAUAAAUCAAAGGAAAAAAGAAAAAGAAGGAUUUGAAUCUUUGAUUCAAAUCUGGGUUCUUUAUGUUUUUGACUGGUUUCCUAGGUCUGGGUUCUCUUCACUGGAGGCUUGCUGCAACUUUCCAGGGAGAAUUGGGUGUUGAAUUCAAGUUCCAAGAAACUAACUAUUUUAAUGAGCUAAGAUGGCGGUCAAUUCUAAGCUAAAAUGGGUUGCAUUAUUUGUAUUGGCUUUAUCUUUGGUAUCGUUGGUUGCCCAUCUUUCAAUGACAAAGUUUUCAAGUGUGAAUUUAGCCCAGUAUAACGCAAACGAAGCUUUAAUCCAUGCUAUUCCUAAUAUUGGAUCACCAUUGGAGGUUAAAAGAAAUAAGAGGCUAUGGGGUGAAUUGAGGUCUCUGGAGUCUUUGCAGCCAUAUGCAAACCCCAGAAGCAGCUAUCCUGCUCCGGAUGAAAAUAGCGACAGUUUCAUAUAUGCAAAAAUAUUUGGUGGAUUCGAGAAGAUAAGAUCUUCGAUCAGUGAUCUUGUCACCAUAUCCAGGCUUCUAAAUGCUACUCUUGUAAUUCCUGAGAUACAACAAAGUACCCGUUCAAAAGGCAUCAGUUACAAAUUCAAGAGUUUUACCUAUAUUUAUGACGAGGAGGAGUUCAUUCUAUCACUUAAAAAUGAUGUGAAUAUUGUAAAAACCCUGCCAGAGCAUUUGAAGCAUGCAAGGAAGAGGAGAAAGUUCCCUAUUUUCAAGCCUCGAAAUUCUGCUUCGCCAAAUUUUUAUGUCAAAGAAGUUUUGUCAAAAUUGAAGAAAGACAAGGUUGUCGGCUUGAUUAUCACAGAUGGAGGGUGCCUGCAGUCUAUUCUUCCACCUAGUAUGUCCGAGUUUCAGAGGCUUAGAUGCAGGGUUGGAUUUCAUGCACUCCAGUUUCGACCUGAAAUUCAGAUCCUUGGCCUCCGGAUUUUGGAGAGGCUACGGGCAUCGGGACAACCUUUCAUAGCGUAUCAUCCAGGUUUAGUAAGAGACACAUUGGCAUAUCAUGGUUGUGCUGAACUUUACCAGGAUGUUCAUACAGAACUUAUACAAUACCGACGGGCACAGUUGAUCAAGCAAGGGAUCAUUAAUGAUGAACUAAGAGUCGAGUCACACAUGCGAAGAGAAAAUGGUUCAUGCCCUCUUAUGCCUGAAGAGGUUGGGCUUCUUCUUCGUGCGAUGGCCUAUCCUUCUCAAACAAUUAUAUACCUGGCAGGAUCAGAAACUUUUGGCGGUCAACGUCUUCUGAUCCCUCUACGUGCUUUGUUUCCAAACCUAGUAGAUCGCACUACGUUGUGCAGCAAGACAGAGUUGUUUGACUUAGUCGGUCCUGAAGCCCCUCUUCCUGCUGAUAUUUUUCGACCACCUCUUCAAAACAGUGAACAGCAAGUUAUUGAUGAGUGGAAAAAGGCUGGUCCACGGCCCCGUCCUCUUCCUCCACCUCCUGAUAGGCCCAUAUACCAACAUGAGAAAGAAGGUUGGUAUGCCUGGAUUACGGAGACCGACAAAGAACCUGACCCUUCACCUAUGGAUCUUAGGAAGCAAGCUCACAGGUUAAUUUGGGAUGCUCUCGAUUAUAUUGUCUCUGUGGAAGCAGAUGCAUUUGUUCCUGGUUUUAGCAAUGAUGGUAGUGGAUGGCCAGAUUUCUCAGGCUUGGUUAUAGGACAGAGGUUAUACGAGAGAGCUUCUUCUAGGACUUACCGACCAGACAGGAAAAAAAUUGCUGCACUUUUCAACAUUACGCGUGACGAUAUGUACCAUCCGAAGCGUAAUUGGACGCUGUCUGUUAAGGAACAUCUCAACAGAAGUUUGAGUGAAGACGGCCUCAUCAGGCAAUCACUGUUGUCGAAGCCAAAAUAUUUUCUAUCACAUCCACUUCCCGAAUGCUCUUGUAGGAUCCCAUCCGUUGAAAUUCCAAAACAAAUAAAAGGCAAAGAUGGCAGAAUUCUAUAUGGAGGCGAAGAAGAGUGUCCCAAAUGGAUGCAUUCGGCUAGGGCCAGAGGCGCUACAGACGUUGACAAGGAAUUAGCAGAAGAUUAUGAUGAUGCAGUCGAACAGCUAGAAUCCGAUGUAACUGAUGUCACAAGUAGCUUAACGUCGCUGAUUGAUCAUGACGAAGAAUGGGAUCCUAAUGACUAACAGAUGAUACAAUCUACUCUCAAGCAAAUUCGAUUUUGGGUGAGUUGUUCUGGAAUGAAAUUCUUUUUCCUUCACUUGGGAGUUUCAGAUAAACAAGUAGUUAAGGACUUUCGUCUUUAUUGGCAGUGACAAAGAAAACCAAAGUGUUAUUUUUAUAUUGGCUUUAUACCGUCAUGGUUGGAAGAAAUACAGCCGUUGGCAUAAAAAUGCUGCUUCUUACU